AUGGCAAUGACUCAGGUCCACGCCGACGCAUCCAACUUCGCCAGCGGCGUCACCAAGGAUCAGGCCUACGAACAGGUCCUUCUCCAAGCCGAGGGUCUUUUCUACGAGCAAAGGAACUGGAUCUGGUACGUCCAAUCUCUACAUUACCAUUCAGUAAAAUUUUCCACACUGAAGCUCUUGAUUACUAAAACUCUGAAGCAACCUUUCCAACACGGCCUCACUCCUCUGGCACGCCUACCACUCCCUCCCUACCCCCUCAGCAAGCCCAAGCCCGAGAAGCCCUCUCUCAUCCUGGGUCCCUUCCAGGGCAAGGUCGCGUGCCAGACCAUCCCCUUUGGCCGGGGCGUAUGCGGCGCCGCUGCCUCGACGCGCGAGACGCAGCUCGUUCCCGACGUUGACGCCUUCCCUGGACACAUCGCCUGCGACGGCGACAGCAAGAGCGAGAUUGUCGUGCCCAUCGUGGUCGACGGCAAGCUCGUUGCUAUCAUCGACAUCGACUGCGCCGAGGUCAACGGUUUCGACGAGGUUGACAAGGCGUGGUUGGAGAAGCUUGCUGCGUUGCUGGCCAAGAGCAGUGAUUGGUAA